AUGCUUGAAAAGGCAGCAACAAAAAGAACUACACAGUUGAUGCCAAAAUUUGACGAGUAUGAUGUUGAGCAAGAGAUUGAUUGCGAGGCAAGCGGCUCACACAACAAAAAUGUACUUAAAAAGCCUAAACCCAAAGGUCCAUUGGAUAGGUUUGUGACUACUCCUCCCCCUGAUAUUUUGCUAGGACGAAAGCAAGAAAAGGGAAUUUUUGGAGCUUGUGUCAAGGACGCGAGGGAAAAAACUGUUAGGGCUAUAGCAAGGUGGAUCUACGAUGCUGGUAUUCCUUUUAACUGUGUUACUUAUGAGAGUUUCGAUCAAAUGCUUGAAGAAAUUGCUCAAUAUGGACUAGGGUUACAGCCGCCAACUAUGUAUGCGCUACGGGUUCCACUUCUUAAAAAAGAAGUAGAUGAUACUCAUGCUCAAUUGGUUGAGCAUAAAAAAGAAUGGGCGUCUAAAGGUUGUUCUAUCAUGUCAUAUGGAUGGCGUGAUUCCGUGGUGUAA